UAAGUUUUUAAUAAUUGCAUUAUGAAAUUGACUUCUUUGGGUUCGGCGGUACCCUACACUUAGUUGUUGUGUUGCUGUGCACCCGGUGAGCGGUGACCUCUUCCGCUUUGAUCUUCUUCUGUCCAGGCUGGUUACUUGGGUCAAAGAUUUCUGGCAUCUCUGUCAUGGCAACUAGACUUCAGUUUGAGAAUAAUUGUGAAGUUGGAGUCUUCUCAAAACUUACCAAUGCCUAUUGUUUGGUUGCUAUUGGAGGUUCCGAAAACUUCUACAGUGCAUUUGAGGCUGAGUUAGCAGAUGUUAUCCCUGUGGUCAAGACCUCCAUUGGUGGCACUCGUAUUGUUGGUCGUCUUUGUGUUGGAAACAAGAACGGGCUUCUCUUGCCCCAUACCAUCACAGACCAAGAGCUUCAACAUUUGAGAAACAGUCUACCUGAUCAAGUUGUUGUUCAGCGUAUAGAAGAAAGAUUAUCCGCUCUGGGAAAUUGUAUAGCAUGUAAUGACCAUGUGGCCCUCACACACACUGAUCUUGACAAGGAAACUGAGGAGAUGAUUGCAGAUGUUCUGGGAGUAGAAGUUUUCAGGCAGACAGUUGCCGGUAAUAUUCUUGUGGGCAGUUACUGUGUAUUCUCCAACAGAGGUGGUUUGGUCCACCCUCAUACUUCCAUCGAAGACUUGGAUGAACUUUCUACACUUCUUCAGGUUCCUUUGGUUGCCGGGACUGUCAAUCGUGGUAGCGAAGUAAUAGCUGCUGGGAUGACGGUAAAUGAUUGGACAGCAUUUUGUGGUUCAGACACCACAGCAACAGAGCUCUCUGUGAUUGAGAGUGUUUUCAAGCUGAGAGAAGCCCAACCCAGCGCCAUUGUCGAUGAGAUGAGGAAAUCACUCAUUGAUACUUAUGUCUAAAUAUUGCUCAUGUUCUACUGCUUGUUGCUAAGAUAUUCCAGUUUUGUGUCAGUUUUUCCCGGUGAACAGUUUGUGAUAGUUUUAUCAUCUAAAAUAUGAAUGUUUAUUUCAAUCAAGAAUCAUGGUUUCCAUUAAUUGUAUGUCAUCUUUUAUUUCAAUCAAAGAUAUGGAUGCUUUUACGUUA